AUGGAAGCCCAUCUGCGACUCUCCCAGGCGAACUACCCCGUGAUCUCGUUCGGCACGGGCUCCCUAGUCCGACUUCCAGGACCUACAAUCACACAGCCCAAUGUCUACCAGUUCAACAAGACAUCGUACGACAGCAUAUAUAAAGAGUUGGAGGCCAAGGACCCCAGACUAUAUCGGGCAAACGGCCUCUUGAACAUGAUUGGCAGGAAUCGCACCGUGAAAUGGGGCCCGGAACGAUGGCAGGACUGGCAGGUGGGCAUGCCGCGGCUCAAGCACGAGGCAGACAUGGGGAGCGAUGGUACAGAGGGCGGCGUGGUCGACGUUGUCAUCACGUGUGAAGAGAGAUGCUGGGACGCUGUCAUUGAUGACCUGCUCAGCCGGGGCUCACCUCUAAAUCGGCCCGUCCAUGUCAUCAAUGUCGACAUCAGGGAUAACCACGAGGAGGCCUCUAUUGGCGGCAAGGGCAUUUUGGACCUGGCAAACUCGCUGAACAAGGCCGCAGCAGAGGAGCGCGAGGCGGUAGGAUCGGCCUCCUUCGAUAGCGGGAGCGCGGCCGCGAGAUCCGGAUUCGACGACCGGGUGCCCGAGAUCAUCGCGGACUGGCAAGAGAGGUGGCCGAACCUACCUGCUACCUGGACAUUGGCGUGGUUCUGA